AUGGGGACCCAGGAUCCAGGGAACAUGGGAACCGGCGUCCCAGCCUCGGAGCAGAUAAGCUGUGCCAAAGAGGAUCCACAAGUUUAUUGCCCUGAAGAGACUGGCAGCACCAAGGAUGUGCAGGUUACAGACUGUAAGAGUCCCGAAGACAGCCGACCCCAAAAAGAGACGGACUGCUGCAAUCCGGAGGACUCUGGGCAGCUGAUGGCUUCCUAUGAGGGUAAAGCUAUGGGCUACCAGGUGCCUCCCUUUGGCUGGCGCAUCUGUCUGGCUCAUGAGUUUACAGAGAAGAGGAAACCCUUUCAAGCUAACAACGUCUCCCUAAGCAACAUGAUAAAGCAUAUAGGCAUGGGCUUGAGGUACCUGCAGUGGUGGUACCGGAAGACCCAGGUGGAAAAGAAGACACCUUUCAUCGACAUGAUCAAUUCUGUACCCCUAAGACAGAUUUAUGGUUGUCCCUUGGGUGGCAUCGGGGGAGGCACUAUUACCCGUGGCUGGAGAGGCCAGUUCUGUCGUUGGCAGCUUAACCCUGGAAUGUAUCAGCACCGGACAGUCAUCGCUGACCAACCUAUCUGCCCUCUUAAGUUCACAGUGUGCCUGCGUCGGGAAGGGCAGACUGUGUACCAGCAAGUCCUGUCCCUGGAGCGCCCAAGUGUCCUCCGCACCUGGAACUGGGGCCUGUGUGGGUACUUUGCUUUCUACCACGCCCUCUAUCCCCGAGCCUGGACUGUCUAUCAGCUUCCUGGCCAGAAUGUCACCCUCACCUGCCGUCAGAUCACACCCAUCUUGCCCCAUGACUACCAGGACAGCAGCCUGCCUGUAGGAGUCUUUGUGUGGGAUGUGGAAAAUGAAGGGGACGAAGCUCUAGAUGUGUCCAUCAUGUUCUCCAUGCGGAAUGGACUGGGUGGUGGAGACGAUGCCCCAGGGGGUUUGUGGAAUGAGCCCUUCUGUCUGGAGCGUAGCGGGGAAACUGUCCGGGGACUGCUCCUGCAUCAUCCAACCCUUCCAAACCCCUACACGAUGGCUGUGGCUGCACGAGUCACGGCAGAUACCACAGUAACCCACAUCACAGCCUUUGACCCUGACAGCACGGGGCAGCAGGUGUGGCAGGAUCUACUUCAGGAUGGACAGCUGGACUCUCCCACUGGCCAAAGCACCCCUACGCAGAAAGGAGUAGGCAUUGCUGGAGCUGUGUGUGUUUCCAGCAAGUUGCGACCUCGAGGCCAGUGCCGCCUGGAGUUUUCACUGGCUUGGGACAUGCCCAGGAUCAUGUUUGGAGCUAAAGGCCAAGUCCACUACAGGCGGUAUACAAGGUUCUUUGGCCAGGAUGGAGAUGCAGCACCUGCCCUCAGCCACUAUGCACUGUGCCGAUACGCAGAGUGGGAAGAGAGGAUCUCAGCUUGGCAGAGCCCGGUAUUGGAUGACAGAUCACUGCCUGCCUGGUACAAAUCUGCGCUGUUCAAUGAACUAUACUUCCUGGCUGAUGGAGGCACAGUGUGGCUGGAAGUUCUUGAGGACUCCCUACCAGAGGAGCUGGGCAGAAACAUGUGUCACCUCCGCCCCACCCUACGGGACUACGGUCGAUUUGGCUACCUUGAGGGCCAGGAGUACCGCAUGUACAACACAUAUGAUGUCCACUUUUAUGCUUCCUUUGCCCUCAUCAUGCUCUGGCCCAAACUUGAGCUCAGCCUACAGUAUGACAUGGCUCUGGCCACUCUCAGGGAGGACCUGACACGGCGACGGUACCUGAUGAGUGGGGUGAUGGCACCUGUGAAAAGGAGGAACGUCAUCCCCCAUGAUAUUGGGGACCCAGAUGAUGAACCAUGGCUCCGCGUCAAUGCAUAUUUAAUCCACGAUACUGCUGAUUGGAAGGACCUGAACCUGAAGUUUGUGCUGCAGGUUUAUCGGGACUAUUACCUCACGGGUGAUCAAAACUUCCUGAAGGACAUGUGGCCUGUGUGUCUAGCUGUGAUGGAAUCUGAAAUGAAGUUUGACAAGGACCAUGAUGGACUCAUUGAAAAUGGAGGCUAUGCAGACCAGACCUAUGAUGGAUGGGUGACCACAGGCCCCAGUGCUUACUGUGGAGGGCUGUGGCUGGCAGCUGUGGCUGUGAUGGUCCAGAUGGCUGCUCUGUGUGGGGCACAGGACAUCCAGGAUAAGUUUUCUUCCAUCCUCAGCCGGGGCCAAGAAGCCUAUGAGAGACUGCUGUGGAAUGGCCGCUAUUACAACUAUGACAGCAGCUCUCGGCCUCAGUCUCGUAGUGUUAUGUCUGACCAGUGUGCUGGACAGUGGUUCCUGAAGGCCUGUGGCCUAGGAGAAGGAGACACUGAGGUGUUUCCUACCCAACAUGUGGUCCGUGCUCUCCAAACUAUCUUUGAGCUGAACGUCCAGGCCUUUGCAGGAGGGGCCAUGGGGGCUGUGAAUGGGAUGCAGCCCCAUGGUGUCCCUGAUAAAUCCAGUGUGCAGUCUGAUGAAGUCUGGGUGGGUGUGGUCUACGGGCUGGCAGCCACCAUGAUCCAAGAGGGCCUGACUUGGGAGGGCUUCCAGACAGCUGAAGGCUGCUACCGUACCGUGUGGGAGCGCCUGGGUCUGGCCUUCCAGACCCCAGAGGCAUACUGCCAGCAGCGAGUGUUCCGCUCACUGGCCUACAUGCGGCCACUGAGCAUAUGGGCCAUGCAGCUAGCCCUGCAACAGCAGCAGCACAAAAAGGCCUCCUGGCCAAAAGUCGAACAGGGCACAGGACUAAGGACAGGGCCUAUGUUUGGACCAAAGGAAGCCAUGGCAAACCUAAGCCCAGAGUGAGCCGUCUGAACUGUGGGAGGGAAGUGCUAACAGCCCAGCCUCCAGCCUGGCCUUUCCUCCUUCCCCUCUGAACCUCCUGCAACCCUGAGCCAUCAGGACAAUCAUACCCCUUCCCUUCUCUCCACCCAAUUGUGCCAGUAAAUGGGGGUUGAGGGUGACCUAGGCAGCAUUAGAAUCACUUAUUUAUUUCUUUCCUCACCUGUUCCCUGACUCCGUGAAAUGUUCAGGGAGGUCAGUUGAUUUCCCCAGGUACAUUCAUGGUGUGACAGACACAUGGGUACAAAUAAAAGACCCAGAAAGCCA